AAAAAAAGCGACAGAGGAACCUAAAGAAAAUCUGUAGUUAACCAUAGUCGAGAAGAGAUUCAUCUGGCGUCGACGAUGGCGAACACGGAGCCUGAAGCGGUGGAUUUCGAGCCUGAGGAGGAUGACUUGAUGGACGAGGACGGUGGUGGUGACGCCGAAGAUGCUUCCCCACGCGCCGGAUAUCCGAGGCUGAGAUCCACCAUCGCCGGCGUCAGCGACGACUCGACGGCGAAGAAGACCAAAGGUCGCGGCUUCCGAGAGGAGCCUGAUGCCGAUCGCCAACGCCGUCUCUCUUCUCGCGACUUUGAUUCGCUCGGCUCCGACGGCGGUCCCGGACCGCAGCGAUCCAUUGAGGGGUGGAUUAUUCUGGUCACUGGAGUUCAUGAGGAGGCACAGGAAGAUGAUUUAUUGAAUGCUCUUGGUGACUUUGGGGAGAUAAAGAAUCUUCAUCUGAAUCUCGACCGCCGUACUGGGUUUGUCAAGGGUUAUGCAUUGAUAGAAUAUGAGAAGUUUGAAGAAGCACAGAAAGCUAUUUCAGAAAUGAAUGGUGCUGAGCUUCUCACUCAGACGGUCAAUGUUGAUUGGGCCUUCAGCAAUGGACCCAGUGUUGGAUCAUACAGGAGAAAGAACAUGAGAUCUGGGAGGACGCAUCGUUCUAGGAGCCCGAGAAGGCGAUACUAAAUCCCGUCACAUUAGGUUGAAUUGCUUGCUCCGAGGUUUUGGAUUUUCUAUAUCUGGAAAGUCGAUGGACAAUGAUGUAGUGAGAGUGGAAAUGGGGAUUUUUUUGCUUUUUGUAUGGUUCAUCCAUUUUCGGUUCCAUGAAAUCCGCGUCACAAAGAGGGAUGCAGAAGCCGUGUGGCUGUUGUUUCUUCCUUCACUUCAAUGGAUUGCCAGGGGAACCCAAUUACUGAACUCUUUAUCACUGA